CUUGGUCCGCCUCUUUCCUUGACUGCCCAUACGCGCACCGCUCCCACUUUCUUACCUUUUCUUAAGCUUUUUCCCUCUUUCCCCUCUCUCUCUCUCUCUCUCUCUCUCUCUUUCGUGGAAACUGAAGAGGCCUACAGGCUGAACUCUCUCUCCUCUGCUAAACCCUAAAGCUGCGAUCUUUGGGUAACAAGAUACCCUUUGAGAAUAUACAGUGGUGAUGGGGGGAAGAGGCAUUUUAUGCAUUCAAUGAGGUGGCUUGGUGUAGCAUCCAUUCAAGAGAAUAGAACAAGUUUUGGGUUGUCGUGGUCUAAUAGUUUCCAUCAUCAGUGGUCUGAUAAAUGGAUUCAAAGACUACACCUAAGAGCUGCUCCCAACGGCAGCACAAAACAACUGGUAAUCAUGUAGAGAAACCUGCUUCCUGGAAGCCUUCCCCUUUGGAAAUUUCUAAGCCAAGCAAGUCAGAGCCUACCACACCAAGAAUAUUGCAAAAAUCUGUGCUGACGAGCACACCAAAGCAUACAGCUACAGUGGUUCUAACAGACCCAAAAUUCAAUCAGCGCCAUGAGGGGUCUACUGACUUGAUAACUAAAAAGGUUCCUGCAAAUAUUACCAAGUCUUCCGAGCCUGCUAAUUUGAGUCUGAAGGAACCUACCCAACAAGGUGACCCUGUGGAGCUGCUUCAAUUAAAUGGAACUGCAGGCUUGGAAGGCAGUGGAGAUCAAGAGAAGAAAAAUUCUGAGCAGAGUAGUAUAAAGGAUAGCUCAGCUUCUGCUAAGGUUAGUGAUGGCACCAGCAGUCUCACAAAGACUAGUGGAAGUGCUAAGAUAAGUGAUCGUGCAGAUUUAAUUGAAAGCGGAAAGAGUAGCAUGUGCAGGGCCAGUACAAGCAGUGAUGUGAGUGAUGAAAGCAUUUCUAGUAGGUUAAGCAGCAGAGUAAACAAGCCUCACAAAGCAAAUGAUUCAAGAUGGGAAGCAAUUCAGGCCAUCCGGACUAGAGAUGGUGUUAUUGGUUUGACCCAUUUCAGGCUACUUAAGAGAUUAGGUUGUGGUGAUAUUGGUAGUGUGUAUUUGUCGGAAUUGAGCGGGACUAAAUGUUAUUUCGCAGUGAAGGUUAUGGACAAGGGAUCUCUUGCAAGUCGUAAAAAGCUGCUUAGAGCUCAGACUGAAAGGGAGAUAUUGCAAUGCUUGGAUCAUCCAUUUCUACCAACAUUAUAUGCGCACAUUGAGACUGAUAAAUUCUCAUGUUUGGUCAUGGAGUUCUGCCCAGGAGGAGAUCUGCACACGCUUCGGCAGAGGCAACCUGGAAAGUAUUUUCCAGAACAAGCUGCCAAGUUUUAUGUAGCGGAAGUCCUCCUUGCCUUGGAAUACCUACACAUGCUCGGCAUCAUCUAUCGUGACCUCAAGCCAGAAAACGUCCUUGUCCGAGAAGAUGGCCACAUCAUGCUCUCUGACUUUGACCUUUCACUCCGUUGUGCCGUUAGCCCCACACUCAUCAAGUCCUCCAACCCUGACUCCGAAGCUUUCCUUAGGAACAAUCCCAUCUACUGUGUCCAGCCAGCUUGUGUCGAGCCAUCCUGCAUCCAGCCUUCCUGCAUGGCCCCCACCACAUGCUUCUCCCCUCGCCUCUUCUCCUCCAAGUCCAAGAAGGAGCAGAAACCAAAGCUUGACACAGGACACCAAGUCAGACCAUUGCCUGAGCUCGUCGCAGAGCCCACAGAUGCCAGGUCCAUGUCAUUUGUUGGUACACAUGAAUACUUGGCCCCUGAGAUCAUCAAGGGUGACGGUCAUGGGAGUGCUGUGGACUGGUGGACCUUUGGUAUAUUCUUAUAUGAGCUUCUGUUUGGGAAAACCCCUUUCAAGGGAUUAGGUAACCGGGCUACUCUGUUUAAUGUAGUCGGUCAGCCCCUGCGGUUCCCUGAGACCCCAUUUGUGAGCUUCUCUGCAAGGGAUCUCGUAAGAGGACUGCUCGUGAAGGAGCCACAGCACCGGCUCGCUUUCAAGCGUGGUGCCACAGAGAUAAAGCAGCAUCCAUUCUUCGAGGGCGUGAACUGGGCCUUGAUACGUUGCACAAGCCCUCCAGAGAUCCCAAAACCCAUCGAGAUUGAACGGCACCCAGGUCCUGUGGCAUCGACAAGCCAGAAGGUCACAGCUGCCAAAGGCUCGGACAACUAUCUUGAAUUCGACUUCUUUUAGUUGAUUAUUCUGAGCUGGUGCUGAUUUAUUGGAUUGAGGGAAGGUGUAAAGUUUCUAAACGGUUUCAGGAUGCCAGUGAAUUUUUUUUCCUCUACAGAUUGCGAUCGGUGUUUGUAAUGCUGCUGCUGCUGCUGUUAAGUUGGACCUUUUCAGUUCCAAAUAUGUAUUCAUUGAAUGCUGAAAAUUCUCUCAUCUUUAUAAUGAUCGAAAGGCCUGCCAUCUUUCAUUUGGUUCUGAUUGCCUUGUGAA